AUGCACAGUUUAAUCACAUUACCCGCCGAAUUCGUCUAUCGAAUUCUCGACCAGUUAUCAGAUUUUGAUCUGUUUUGUUCAAUGCAAAAUGUCUGCUAUCGACUCAAUCAAAUUCUUAAUACCUAUCAUCGAUAUCAAACACUUACCACAUUGAAGCUUUGGAACAAUUCUAUCAGCAAGGAAGGAGCACAACAGAUGGCUGAUGCUCUUCGAGUGAAUAUGGUGUGCCAGAUUAACCGCUGA